CACUGCGUGUGCGUGGUGGGCUUCGACCUGGAGCUGGGCCAGGCCGUGGAGGUGACAUAUCCACAAAACUCAAAACUUACGGAUAAAGAAAAAACCAAUAUUUGUUAUUUAUCUUUUCCUGAUUCGAAUGCAGGUUGUCUGGGAGACACCCAGUUUUGUUUUAGAUUCCGACAGUCUUCUGGCAGGAAGCUCUCAAUGCAUUGUCAUCUGGACCAGUUGGACAGAGAUUUACCAAUCUACUUAAAGAAAGACUCUGCAUAUUACUAUGGCUACGUGUAUUUCAGACAAGUUCGAGACAAGACCUUAAAAAGAGGCUACUUCCAGAAGUCCUUGGUUCUCAUCAGCAAGCUACCAUAUGUUCACCUCUUCCACACUGUGCUUAAGCAAAUAGCACCAGAAUAUUUUAAAAAGAGUGAACCUUUCCUGGAAGCAGUUUGUAGUGAUGUUGAUCGUUGGCCCCCACCAAUUCCAGGGAAAAUACUUCAGUUGCCUAUUAUGGACAUUAUAAUGAAGGUGCGGAUUCCAACGUGUCACGACAAGCCUGGAACAACUCAAAUAGUACAGUUCACGCAACAGACAGACUCUCAAAUUGCUGUUGCCUUGCCCACUGUUCAUGAAGUGGAUCUUUUCAGGUGUUUCUGUCCAGUGUUCUUUCAUAUCCAGAUGCUCUGGGAACUUGUGUUGUUAGGCGAACCACUUGUUGUCAUGGCACCAUCACCUUCUGAGUCUUCAGAAACUGUUCUGGCUCUUGUAAGUUGUAUUUCACCUUUGAAAUACUGCAGUGAUUUUAGGCCGUACUUCACAAUACAUGACAGUGAAUUCAAAGAAUAUACUACACGUACACAAGCCCCACCCUCUGUCAUCUUAGGAGUGACAAAUCCUUUUUUUGCUAAAACGCUUCAACACUGGCCACACAUUAUUCGAAUAGGAGAUAUUAAACUUCCAGGAGAAGUUCCAAAGCAGGUGAAAGUGAAAAAGCUGAAGAACCUGAAGACUUUGGAUUCUAAACCUGGUGUUUAUACAUCUUAUAAACCAUACUUAAACAAAGAUGAAGAAAUUAUAAAACAGUUACAGAAGGGUGUACAACAGAAACGUCCUGCAGAAGCCCAGAGUGUAAUUCUUCGGCGUUAUUUCUUAGAGCUGACACAAAGCUUCAUCAUUCCAUUAGAACGUUAUGUGGCUAGCCUUAUGCCCCUGCAAAAGAGCAUAUCACCAUGGAAGAGUCCACCACAGUUGAGACAAUUCAGUCAAGAGGACUUCAUGAAAACACUGGAGAAAGCAGGACCCCAACUCACCUCAAGACUUAAGGGAGACUGGAUAGGGCUUUACAGGCAUUUUUUGAAAUCUCCAAAUUUUGAUGGCUGGUUCAGGAUCCGUCAGAAAGAAAUGAUGCAGAAGCUGGAGGCCCUUCAGUUAGAAGCUCUCUGUAAUGAGGAUUUGCUUUUCUGGAGUCAGAAACACACAGAAGUAGAAACAGUAGAUCUUGUCUUAAAGCUAAAGAAUAAACUGUUACAGGCUGACAGAGAACACCUACCUGUGAAACCUGACACUUUGGAGAAACUACAGAUGCACAUUGACUCAAUUAUACUAGCACUCCCAGAUGAUUUACAGGACAUCUUGCUUAAAACUGGCACAACAUGACUUCUACUUGCAUAUUUCUGUAGCAGAUUCACAACACAUUUCAAAGCUUCAUGGACAUUGGCAGCUAACAGUUGAAAUGCAGCUCCAAAUAGUCUAUUAACGUUAGCAAUAACUGUACUAAUAGCAGAAAACCAUUUUUAGCUUCUUUUUAAAAUAGAAACCUGCAUGGGUUCCACUUAAAUACUGAUGGAACAGAAGGAAUUUCUGUGUUAAAUCAUGUUAAAAAAUCAAGUGCACUUAUGAAAUUAUGAAUUAUGCAGGACCACAAUGCAAUGCUGGCAUUGCAGAAUAUUUUUAUUGGUGCUGCUGUGUUUAGUCACUUGAGCUCAGGGGAAAAGCAACAGUUGCUUUGGGUCUGUCAGGAGAUUGUCCCAUUAAGGUAAUAUCCCAUUCUUCGCAGUGCCUUCUUUAGAAGUCGUAUAUCUGACAUUAGAAACCCAACUGCUGUGUUUUUGAUGUGGUUAGACACAGUACUUGAGAUACAUUGUUAAUAGAUCAUUGCAUACAAAUCUGUUAUGGCUUUAAAACCAUUAUUAAUAGAAAUGACUGAAAACAUUUUAGUAGGGCAUUAAUCCUAUUUUUAUUCUUUUUUUUUUUUUUUUUUUUUAAGAUUUGUAUUACUUUUCAACUGUGUCCAGGGAAGAAGUCAUCUGAUGCUAAAUAAUUUCUGAGGAGAAGCUGGUAUCUUUUUCCAUUGAAUGUCAGAUAAUAUGGGUGCUUGUAUUCACAUGCCUUACUUACACUUAAAUUUGAAUUUAGCAUUAUCUUUAUUAUUGAACAAUUUAAUGACUUUAAAGCUGAGCUGCAAAAAUUCAACAUUAGAUAUGGUUUAUUCAUGAUAACCUAAUUAACUAGUGUUCCCUACAGAAAAUAUGCCUAGUAGUGCUGCUUUUUAAAUAAUUCAAGUGUAAGAUUAGUGUUGCUCCUCUUGUAUCCAAUAACACUACUGAAAUCUGUUACAAAAUCCACUUCAGUUGGGGAGCGUGUUGGUAAAUUCCUGGUAUUCUUCUUUUUUAGCCAUUUAAGUGGUUUUUUGAGAAGGAAGAAAUACUGUUUUCAGCUUGUAGGCAGCCUCUGGAUAUAUAUGGCCUUUUCUGGAUGCAGUUUGAGUACAGCAAACCUACUUAAAAUGUAUGUGCAUACAGUAGACAUCCAUAAAAAGCCAUUUUUAUUACAUAUUAAGCAACAAGAAACUCUUGCUGUGAGAUCUCCUUAAACAAGAAGCCUUGGUGGUAAAAGAGCUCAGUUACUAGAAGUGCAAAGUUGUACUUUGCCGACCCAUUUGCAGCAGGAUUAGUGGUGCUAUAGUGAGCACACAGUUUUAUGUGACAGGCAAAUAGCAACUAUCAAAAUUCUACUUUGAAGUGUUCUGGGUAGAGCAAGAAUAAUUUUGUAACAUUGCUAUCCUACAAAAUGCCUUUGUAUAAUAAAUAUUUCAUACCAUCUAUAAACUUCUUAUUUAGGUAUAAAGUCAUGUUUGUAUUUUUAAGAAAAUAUGUAUUUUAAUAUUUUUUCAGUUCAUAUAAAAUUCAUGGCCAGAAGUUUUGGUGGAACAAAUUCUAUCUAAUCAAUCAUUUUAAAUUAUACCACUAUGACAGUAAUCUCUGACUUGCAUUUCAUUUUGCACAGCUAACUAAUAACAUU